AUGCCCUUUGGUCUUCGAAAUGCUGGGGCCACGUUCUCCUGCUUAGUACACAAGGUGCUGCAACAACAGUUCAGCCGCAACGUCAAGGCCUACUUGGCGCUCUGCGUGGACCCGGGGCGGGUGGCGCUGCAAGCGACGCUGCCCGAGUUCGACACCCAGGGUCUGGUCAACCGGCCGGGGCACCGGAACCCCGGGACCAUCCAGAUCCCCGGGGUGGAUGAGGAGACCUACGGCGCGCCGAGGACCAGCGGCCGGGACGCCACAGGUGGCAGGCCGCAGGCGAGCGGCCGGGAUGCCGCGGGCGGCCGGACGCAAACCGACGGUAGGGUCGCCACGGGCGGCAGGCCGCAGGCCCGCUGUGGGGCUACCGCAGGCAGGAGCCAUCAGGCCGGCGGAAGAGGCACCGCUGGUAGUGGAACGGCGGCCCCGGGGGACAAGGGAAAACGCCCCCGGACGUUCGUACCUCAACCAUCGUCCUCGUCGUCGCCGUCGCCUCCACGGCAGCGAUCGUCGGUGGGUGGCGUGAAGGAGGGAGGCCGGGGCGGCCAGUCGUCCGGCGCGGAGUCCGCUACGGAGGCCGCCCAAGGACGUCGCCAGAGACCAAAGGCGACCGGAAGCGCCUACGCCGGCUCCCGCCCCUGA